UCCAGGGGCGGGCAGUUGAGCCGGCCUGAAGGUCUGGAGCCCGGUUUUCCUGCCACACCGGCCCAGUCCGACGGUGACCGUGGUUGAGGAUGGCAUUCCCAACCAGGGCACAGCCCUCGGUCAUCCCAGAAGACGAGGAACUUUCCCAGGGUCCGGUCAACGACGCCCCCGACACAGAGGGGAAUGAGGACGAGAAGGCCGUGUCCCGAUUGCAACGCCGGCAAAGUGACAUAAAGGUCUAUAAAGAGUUCUGCGAUUUCUACGCACGAUUCAACAUGGCAAACGCCCUGGCCAAUGCCACCUGCGAACGCUGCCGAGGGGGCUUUGCCCCGGCGGAGAAGAUUGUGAACAGCAACGGCGAGCUGUACCACGAGCAGUGUUUCGUGUGUGCCCAGUGUUUCCAGCAGUUUCCGGAAGGGCUCUUCUACGAGUUCGAAGGAAGGAAGUACUGCGAGCAUGAUUUUCAGAUGCUUUUCGCACCUUGCUGCCGCCAGUGCGGGGAGUUCAUCAUUGGACGGGUCAUUAAAGCUAUGAACAACAGCUGGCACCCGGAAUGCUUCCGCUGCGAUCUCUGCCAGGAAGUCCUGGCGGACAUCGGAUUUGUCAAGAAUGCUGGGAGACAUCUCUGUCGUCCGUGCCACAAUCGGGAGAAAGCCAGAGGAUUGGGGAAAUACAUCUGCCAGAAGUGCCACGCCAUUAUCGACGAACUGCCGCUCAUAUUCAAGAACGACCCGUAUCAUCCUGAUCACUUCAACUGUGCUCACUGCGGGAAAGAGCUGACGGCGGAAGCCCGGGAACUGAAGGGAGAGCUGUACUGCUUGCCGUGCCACGACAAAAUGGGGGUGCCCAUCUGCGGGGCGUGUCGGCGGCCGAUCGAAGGCCGUGUUGUCAACGCCAUGGGCAAGCAGUGGCAUGUGGAGCAUUUCGUCUGCGCUAAGUGUGAAAAGCCAUUCCUGGGGCAUCGUCACUACGAGAGGAAAGGACUGGCCUAUUGUGAAACCCACUACAAUCAGCUGUUUGGCGAUGUCUGCUUCCACUGUAACCGUGUCAUCGAAGGAGACGUUGUUUCAGCUCUGAACAAGGCCUGGUGUGUGAACUGCUUUGCCUGUUCGACUUGCAACACUAAGUUAACGCUCAAGGAUAAAUUUGUUGAAAUUGAUCUUAAGCCAGUCUGCAAACACUGUUACGAGAAAAUGCCAGAAGAAUUUAAGCGGCGACUUGCCAAACGGGAGCGGGACGCAAAGGAUAAAGACAAGCAGAAAAAGAAAAAGCCCAUCUGAAUAAAUUUGUGGAGUUUGACAUGAAGCCAGUGUGUAAGAAAUGCUAUGAGAAGUUCCCCCUGGAACUGAAGAAAAGGCUUAAGAAGCUGGCUGAUACAUUAGGGAGAAAAUAACUUUGGUUUCCCCUGUUUUGUUCUUUUUUCUAUGCAAAGAAACGGAAACGUUACCAAAUGUUACUUGCCUUGUUUCCCUCUUCUUCAGGAUCAUGCCCCAUGGAAAAUGGAAGAAAAGAAAAUAUCCCUGGUAUACAAAUGGCUUUGUAAUGUUAUCGUCUUCCCCUUCUAGGAGAACCCUGCUUUCUCUGUCUAUAGCUAUGAUAGUGCACCGCUGAAAUUCUACAUCUUCCUUUCAGUGUAAAUAAGGAGAAUGUAUUAGCAAAGUAAGUGUCACAUCGUAAACUAAAGAUUAACUGAGGGGAAAAAAAAAUCCAAAUUAACUUAUUUUUAUGGAAGUCAGAUAAUUCAGUCCCAAACAACACCCAGCCUUAUUUUAAAUCCUAUUUAAUGAAAAACCAAGAUCUCCCAUUUUUCGUUCUUGCCAAAGUACACAGUAAUACAUCAACGGAAACAUGGGGAAAUCAGGAGUUACAUGAUAGUAAUGAUAGAAGCGAAUAGAUCAGGCUAUUUGAACUUCGUUGUUUUCUUCUGCUAAUGCAGUCAUUAUCGUGCAUGGUUUUCUAUUUUAUUUACCUUUGGGGGCCUUAUUCUUUCACCUAAAUCCUUAACUCAGUAGUUAGAUUAUCUGUUGACUGUGCAUGCGUUUUUCAUAUUUUUGUGCAGAAAAUUUCUACCAGGUAUUUGAAAAGACCAUAUACUUUAACUAUAUUGGACAUAUGAAGUAUUUUUUUUAACGUUAAUGUAUUAAAAGCAAAUAUUGUUAUCUUUAUAGCUAAACUAGGUAUAGCUCUAGGGUAGGACAUUAUUAAAUAAAAUGGUAUGCUAUUUCAGUAGAGAAUGGAUGUAUUCAUUGUUCAGCGUAUCCUGGAUAUUGCUAGAUUUUCGAGUCACAGCAGGCCCUAUUGUGCCCCUUAUCAGGAAGGAGUUGGGCUAAAAUUAACCCAGUCCCAUGUCCAAUAAUAGGGAAUCUGGGCACCUGAAUUAGAAACAGCCAUUUUAGGGUGCUGAAGUCAUGGUUACGCUGAAGCGAUCCACCCUCAUUCCAUUUUAUAUAGGAUCGAGAUUACCUUUCCUUAAGAAAGUGCAUUUUUAAAUCUGAAUUUCUUGCCGCUUAUCCUUAGCACAGUGCCGAGUUAAACCAAGUGUAUUUCAUUAAACGCAUUACCUC